UAUUGCUAGUGAAGAAAUAUUAAUUGAUAAUAAUAAAAAUAAUAGUAAAUUAAACAAUGAUUUAUCCUAUGACUACAUUGAUAAUGAAAUCGAUAUGAAAUUAACAUACAGAUCAAGAAUAGAAAAAUUCUUUCAAGUUAUUUUAGCAACUAUUCAACGCUCUGAUACUAAUGGGAUCGUUGAAGUUAUUGUUUCUUUUUUACCUGAGUCAUUUAGAAUUUUUUUACUACGGCCUAAUGCUACUAAAGUUAAUGAAGCGACUGAAAGUACUGAAAGAGGCUUUGGUGAUAUUUUAAAUAUAUUUAGAGAUGAUUUUCAAGCUAUUUUUCCUGGAACUUUGUGGUGUGGUAGUGGAAAUUCAGCAAGAAAAAAUGAUGAUAUUGGAGUUUUUUCACAAACUGAUAUAUGUUGUCGGCAACAUGAUUCAUGUCCUUACUCAAUUCAAGCUGGCGAAAGUAUGGGAUCGUUAAAAAAUAUUGGAAUUUUUACUCGAUCAGCAUGCUCGUGUGAUUAUGAAUUUUAUAAAUGUUUGAAAAAAGUCAAUACGCUCAUAUCAACAAAUAUAGGUACAACGUACUUCAAUAUUUUAAGACCACAAUGUUUUGGGUUUCAUUAUCCAAUUAUGGCUUGCGAGAAGUAUGAUAGCUCACGAAGGACUGAAAAAAAGUGUGUUCAAUAUAAAUUAGAUUAUUCAAGUAAUAAAACUCUAGAAUGGUACGACAUACCUGAUUUUUAGUGAAUAAAUUAAAAAAAUUUAUUUCUUCUUUGUAAAAUUUUAUAAAAAAUAUUUAAGAAAUAUUCCACAAUUAUAUAAAAAAUAUAAAAAAUAAAUUAAGUGAAUAAAAAA